CGAACAGCAAGUAGGCAUAAAAUAUAGCUCGUCGAAAUUUGUUACAAUUUAUAUAUAUAAUGAAGAACUACAAACGGGUCUGGAUUUUACCUAUACUUCUUUUGAUCAAUAUAGAUGUUUGUCAAUCAUCGGCGAGAUUGUCAUUUCGUCUGAAGUCUUAUUACAAUCCGACAGGCAAGCGUUACAAGAACGGCAGAUGUGUAGCGAAAACUGGUUGUAAUUUUACAUUCCAAGUGUGCAUCCAGGAUGUUUCAACUUCUGGCAAAUCAUGUGACUUUACGUUCAAGACAACUCCGAUUCCAAAACUGAACAAUACUCUCGUGUUUCCAGACAAUCUGCAGGAAUACGCACGUGGAGAACAUAGCGGCAGGGAUAAGCCAAUUCCUUACCCAUUCCUCGUCAAUUUUGAUACAUGGCAGGGUUUUAAAGCUAAAGUGGUUGUAAGGGAUGAUCGUAAUAAGAAAGUCGACACCUUCCGGAAUACAAUAAAUUUGGAGCCAAACGCAAGUUCACCACGAGCUGUCGCCCUUAAAGGGAAAAAAUCUAAACAAAAAUUUAUGGCUGAGGCGUUUGUUUUCUGUAAACAAGACUUCUACAACAAAACUUGCGACGUAUAUUGUGAGCCACCUACGGCUGGUAAUUACGAAUGUGAUAUGACGUCAGGACGAAAAGUUUGUUCUUCGGGGUUCACUGGACGAGACUGUCUGGAUAAAAUUGACGCUUGCUCGCCGAACCCCUGUCAAAACGAGGCACAGUGUGUCAGCUUGACCGAAGGUUUUACAUGUCUUUGUAAAAAUGGUACCACAGGAAGGAGAUGUGAAUUAGAUAAGAACGAAUGUGAGGAAUAUUCACCAUGUUUAAACGGUGGCAACUGUACUAAUGUAAUGAACGGUUACACUUGCCGAUGCGCAGAUGGGUAUGAAGGUGAAAAUUGUCAAAUUGACGUUGAUGUAUGCUCAAGCAACCCAUGCCAAAAUAACGCAACAUGCAUUGAUGGUCUUUCAAAGUUUAUCUGCAUAUGCACACCAGAAUUUGAAGGAUCCCGAUGUGAAGUUGAUAUAGAUGAGUGCGUAACAGAUGGAAGGCCCGCAUGUUUCAAUGGCGCUACCUGUUUAGAUGGAGCCAACAGCUACACGUGCAUGUGCGCAGACGGAUAUACAGGCAUAAAGUGUGAACAGGAUAUAAAUGAAUGUGAGAAUAAUCCAUGUCAACAUAAUGCAACAUGUGUCGAUGGGCAGGCAUCAUUCACAUGUCAAUGCCUGUCGGGUUUCCGAGGAAUUUACUGUGAAGUAAACGUCGAUGAGUGUUUAAGUUCGCCAUGCGUCAACGGUAAAUGCUUCGACGAAGCCAACGGUUUUCAAUGUGUAUGCAACCUUGGAUAUGAAGGGACAUUGUGUAAUGUUAUAAUUGAUAGGUGCGCUACACAACCAUGCCAGAACGACGGGAAGUGUUUCAGCAAUCCCGACAGGGCAGUUUGCGUUUGCGCGAUGGGAUUCACAGGAAUAAAAUGUGAAAUCGACAUAGAUGAGUGCAAUAGUGAUCCAUGUCUCAAUAACGGAACAUGCGUCGAUGAAAUUGGUAAUUUUUAUUGCAAUUGUUCAGAAGGAUUUUCCGGUCGACGAUGCGCAGUAAAUAUUGACGAAUGUUUAAGUAAGCCAUGUAUGAACAAUGCUUCCUGCGUUGAUGUCACCAACGGUUACGUGUGUGAGUGUGCCGAUGGUUUCUACGGUGAGCAAUGCCAGAUGGAAUUUGACGAAUGUUUGAGCUUACCAUGUAAGAAUCGCGGAGGAUGUCAGGAUAGAGUUAAUGCCUUCCAUUGUGAUUGCAUGUUGGGGUAUACUGGCCAGACGUGUGAUGUAGAUAUUAAUGAAUGCCUUAGUAAUCCUUGCAUGCAUGCUGGCCACUGUAUCGAUAUGAUCGGUCAUUUUCUAUGUAAUUGCACCCACGGCUAUUCAGGACCAUUAUGUGAAUACGACGUUGACGAAUGUGCGAGCAACCCAUGCUUUAACAGCGCCGUAUGCAUCAACGGGCGCGAUGAGUUCAUGUGUAAUUGUACUGACGGCUUCGAGGGUUCACUCUGUGAAAUCAAUACUUUAGAAUGCGCAAGCGCACCGUGUUCUAAUGGAGGUAUUUGUCAUGAUCUUAUAAAUGAUUUUAAUUGUGAAUGCAUGGCUGGAUAUUCUGGCAAACAAUGUGAUUACAACAUAGACGAAUGUGAGAGUAACCCGUGCUUACAUAACUCUACUUGUAACGACGGCAUAGCAAAUUACAAAUGUGUAUGUGCUAAUGGUUUUAAUGGUACUAAAUGUCAGAAUAAUAUUGACGAAUGUAAUUCAAAUCCAUGCUUUAAUUAUGGAGUGUGUAUUGAUGCAAUCAACAAUUACCGUUGUGAAUGCGCCGAUGGUUAUCGUGGAGAGCGCUGCGAGGAAAAAAUUAGUCCUUGUGAAAGUGAUCCGUGUCGCAAUAAUGCGACUUGCCAUGACGUCAAGAAUGAGUUUAAAUGUAAAUGUCUACCUGGCUUUGAAGGAAAAUUCUGUCAACGAGACAAGGACGAAUGCAAAAGUCGCCCUUGCGCCAACGGAGGAGUAUGUCGCGACAAAAUUAACAAUUACACGUGCGAUUGCAUUAAAGGAUUCACCGGUAGAAAAUGUGAGUUCGACAUGAACAAGUGUGCAAGCAAUCCCUGUCGGAAUGAUGCAACGUGCAAUAACGUAAUAAAUGGGUACGUUUGCACAUGUGCUACGGGGUUUACUGGAAGCGAAUGCCAAGAUAAAGUGAACUACUGUUUAAAUAACCCAUGUAUACAUGGUAAAUGUGUUGACAUGGAAACCUCGUAUCGUUGCAAGUGCUCAUCCGGUUAUGAUGGUCGAAACUGUGACGUUGACAUCGACGAAUGUGAUGAUCGCCCAUGUUUGAACGGUGGAACUUGCCGAGAUGGUAUCGCCGGAUUUACUUGUGUGUGCAGCAGUGGAUUUAGUGGAAGUACAUGUGAAGAUAACGAAGACGAUUGCUUCAGAACACACUGCCACAAUGGUGGUAUCUGCCUUACACUGGAGACUGGAUAUAGAUGCAAGUGCCAUGAAGGGUUUUACGGAAGUCGAUGUCAGAUAGACGCUGAACACGAUGGGAUUAUGGUUAAAGCUGAUGUUGGAGAAACUACAGAAAAUACUGUUGAUGAUAUUCAGCGUCGAUUUACAUCACUACUGGAAAUAUCUUUACUCGAGGGUCAACCCUCACAAGAUGUAUACAUCGAAUGCAUUCCCAUGACGUCAUCUCACCCAGAUGCUGAAUCUGAAGACGGGAUUGUACUACUUGUCGCCCGCGUCAACAACACUGUAGUGCCGGCGGAGAAACUACGGAAACUCAUAAAUGACAUCCCAGAGGAACAUGUGCGUAAAGUGAUAGGGCCAAAUUAUCACAUUGAUGGAUAUGGUGAAGAUGGUACAAAACAACAGGUUUGGUUGGUAGAGUACUGGUUUUACGUUGCAAUCGGUGUUGGCCUGGCUGUCUUAGUAAUCAUUGCAAUGACAGUGGCUUAUUGCGGGGCCUGUAGAAAGCGGACCUAUAGUGUUCAGGAUAAAGAAAAAUCAUGGACAAGAGAUUCGGUUACCAAAACUGAUAAGGAAGAUAAAGAAAUGACGGAAAACGCGCUUACUAGUAAUACCAGUGUUUAGAGAUCAUGUGAACAAGAAAGCUAUCUUUAAUGAGUUUGUGAUUUGUCGGUAAUGUUAUAGGGACAUUGGAUAUGAUGAAUAUAAUUUUAUGACCCAAGGAAUCAAAGAAAGCCCAGCGAAACUUUAAUUGACAGCAAUAGGAUAGAAGUGCAAAGGUAGGGUGUGUGCAACAGUUAGUAGGCCCUAUGUACAUAACACCAGGUGGAAAAAAAACACUCGUGAACGAUUGACAAAUCGCAAAAGCUUGGUUUCCAUACAAUCGCUACGCGCUUUUGCCGACAGCUUUCGGUGAUGCUUAUUGGUCAGUCGAAUUGGGGAGCCUUCCCGAUUACGUCGGGGACUGUUAUGUAGUCUACGACGAUUGCAAUGAAAAAACUGUAACGACAUUGUAGCAAUUUUAAGGAAAGCAGACUAUAAUGGAGCUUGGUUGUUAAGAUACUUGCCUUCCAAUUCAAAUGAUCUGGUUCAAAUCCUACUAAACCCCAAAGCAUUGUAAUGAGAGCAUAGUGUACGUGUAUAAUUUAUUUACCUUUGGCUUUUAUUGGACCUAGUGAAAAGAUAAAUAAAUAUUUCCUAACCCGUCUAUAGAAGGCUAAUGGUACGUAGAUGUAAAUCGAUCAGUGGUGGUGAGGGUUUGCCACAUUGGAAUCCGACAUGAGCAUAAGGCGAUGCCAGGAACAGUCUACAACCCAUUCGGAGAGGGUCCAUGAGGAGCAUCUCCAUGAAGCUCCGACCGUUAAUAUGCUUAUUAUACGAUACAAUCUUUAACAACUAAAUUUCUCCCCGACUACUUGCGCCAUCCCUGAAAUCGAUGACAUGAACAUGAUAAGGAUGGGGAAAAACUUACUUGGGAUGAUUACUACGUAUAGUGCAAAGCCAUUUAACCAAUGUUUGCCCAUUAAGCGUUCUCAUGGUACAUUCGCAGCAGAACUCUGUAGCAUUACUCGCGUUAUCGAGCAAUGAACUUUGGAAACUGUAUAUUCAAAUAGUCGUAAAAUUAAAUAGCAGCUUUGCGGUCAGAAAUUAGUGUAACUUUAUCAAACCAUGGAGGUAUAAGCAAUUUUAUACCUCGAUGAUUUAAACGAAUGUGAUAAUGUUAAAGAACAAGAUAUUACGUUUUUCCAUCUUGAUUAGUUAAAAAUUAGGUAAGAUAAUGUCUUUAUUUUGUUGUUCCAUAAAAGUUAAGAUUCAAAGUAAAAUUUUACUAUCAAGAGAUUUAACAAUUUGUUCGUUGACCUUUGGCAAUAAAUAUUAAUUACUUUAACUGGCA